AGUGGAGGUCGACGUUCAGCCAUGUUAUUUUCCAUGCUGAAUGCUGGGCUGCAAGUACUUUAAAGAUUCUGUUGUGACAUUGAAUGCUCAGUAUCUCCCAUGCAAAAGACAGAAUAGUUAUAAACUUUAAUCCGAAAGAUGGAAAUAUUCCAACGAGAUAAGCAGCAAAAGCGGCGAAUCAGCCGACAGGAUUUGAAUUGAUUUGCUGUCAGCAUUUCCCAUAAGAGGCUGAACUUUGGAGUUUCGUUGAAUAUUGAGUAUUUGCAAUGGAGAGACAAAUCGUCGUAAUCGUCCACUUCCUCGUGGCUUUCCUUGCUCCUGCAAUUUUGGCGAGAGACUGCAAUGUGACUGGGUUUUGGCAGAACGAGCUCGGCUCCGUUUUAAACCUGAAUGAAAUUGAGAAUUAUGAAUUAAGAGGCCAAUUCUUGACCGCAGUCGAGGCGGCCAAGGGUGCAGCUGGAUCCGAGGGAAGAGCCCGAGUGGUUGGCAUCAAGAAUAACGGGAAAGAGCCAACGUUCAGUUUAUCUACAGCGUGGGCUGGAGGUUCCAUUACAUCCUGGGUAGGUCAGUGUCUGAUGCUGGAUGAUGGGCAGCAGAUUCUGAAGACAACAUGGCUGCUGAGAUCUCCAGCUUCCAGCCUACUGGAGGAUUGGAAAUCGACACGAAUUGGACAAGACACAUUCCGCCCAGUCAGUGGGGAUAUUCUGCAAGGGAUCCGUCGUACAUCUGUCAAUCUUUAGUGCAACACAUUGCACCAAGUCUGGACAUGUUGUGUCAUUGCCACUUCUGCAUGGUAUUCUCAAUAAAAUAAUGUAAGAACGCC